UACCCCUAAUCAUUACCUGGCCUGCAGUACCGAUCCAACUACCUGUGAGCCCAUGCAAGUGGCAACGGCGAUGGGAUCAUGCCCUGGCCUUGAUACGUUUCAAGAUGGUGCGAAUACUUUUUAUUUGCCGGAAGCCAUCCAUCUGGCUCAUACAGAGAAACAGAGGUUAGCACAGUUUGGAGUGGAAUGAGCAGAAUAUACCGGGGCAAGAUUAUAGCGAGGUGUUUUGCGGAUCCUGUAGUUCUGGGGCACAUGCCUAGAGCCGUAACAGUUGUCAAAAAGCAAUGUUCUUCAACGUCUUGCAGAUGACGAAGAGUAUAGAAACGACUUAGGGACUUGAGCCUAGGAUUAUACUAAACAAUGCUGUCUCGCUUCUUCCCUUGGCUUCAAGUUAGUUCAAUCGCUGCGCUGUUGAUGUUCACGUGCCGCAGCCUUGUGCAACUGCAGCUUUGAGCCCAUUUGUCCCUAGCUGAAUCAGCAAUGUACUUCUGGAACUCGGCAGUGUCCGUAAUUCGCCAAACGCAACAGCCGAGACGUGGAUUCCGAGGACACGUUUUCGUCCUGUCUUCACUGACUUCCGCCCUAGUUCUGCUGGUGGUUCGCAUGACUAGCGCUCAGUUUCCCAUUGCUUGCCUCAAUGAUAACGACCUCCGUGAACAGAAAUGCUGCCCAGUUGUCACUGUGGGAAAUCCCGUCGGAGCGGAAUGUGGUGGACCAGGUCGUGGCGCCUGUAAGCGUAUCGAAAGCUCACACUGUCAUGUAGAAACGCCGGAUGGUCAAGGUGAUGUUCUUGACUAUCUGAAGAAUCCUGUGUUGGAGCCAUCGCGCUACCCAUGGCCUAACCGAGUGUUCACACAAAUCUGUGAGUGUGAGGGGAACUGGGCUGGAUAUGACUGCACGGAGUGUAAGUUCGGUUACGUGAAAACUGCUGAUGAGAGUGUUUGUGUGAAACGCAAAACACCUCUGGUACGUAGAAACUACAUGGCACUGAAUGAUGAUGAGCGUGAUUAUGUCAAACAAACCAUUGCAGAUAUGAAUGAUAGAAGCAAAAGUCCAAGUCGCUAUGGUGUCCUCAUCUCAGAGAAGAAUUUUAGCAAAUCAAGCCACUUGAAAUCCAAUGUAACAGCAGAGGACUUCAAGUUCGGAAUAUCAGCCUUCGAGUUUCUGGCCUGGAUUCACUAUUACGCUGCUAAAGAUUCGGGAGGUUCUUUUGAUAACGACCACCUCGCUAAGGUGGACUUUGCACACAAUGGCCCUAGCUUCACAACUUGGCACCGGUAUUUUAUGCUGUUGUUCGAAUCAGAACUUCAACGAGUAUCUGGAAACGACUCAUUUGCGGCUCCCUAUUGGGAUUGGAUGGAUCGGCAGAAUCGUGAUCAUAUCUUCACUCAUGCUGACGUCUUUGACGGCAAUGAAACCUCACUCGUGGGUGUAUUCCGUGAUUUUAGGGUCAUCUGUUUCGAUGCGGGUUUUGCCGUUCCACUUUCUGAGCCCAACAUUCUCCGAAGAAAACCAAAACGUGGACCGGGAAGCCUAUGCAAUGCUUCGCAGUUUGAUGUAGGGACACCACUUGUUCGCAGAGCCUAUGACCUGCACCAGUCUGAAAAUGUGAAGUGGCUGCCAAGUAUGCGUGAUGCCUGGGAUAUACUGUUAAAUAUUACCCACUACGAUAUUCCACAUCACAAGUUAUUUCCAGGGUGUCCAUCCAGCCUUCGUGUUGGGUUGGAAGGAGGUGUUGCUGUACCUGGAAAACACUACUGCAGUUUAGCAAACGAGAGCAUCAUCAUAGAGCUGCAUGGCGCUGUUCAUCUGUAUUCAGGAGGUGUGUUUGCAAGCGGAUCCAUGUCGCCUAAUGAUCCCGCGUUCUACCUCCAUCACUCCAUGGUGGACCGUAUGUUUGAACGCUACAUGAUCAAGCUGCAGACACUCGGUACGCUACAUUACAUCCCGGAGUCGGGUGGAGACCCAGGACACAAUGCGAACGAUUGCAUUGUUCCCUCAUUCCCUGUCUAUCGGAACAAGGAGUUUCUGAAGCGGAGUACUGCCUUUGGCUACGUGUACGACACACUACCAUUGCUGGACACUGAGCCUGAACGACCCGCCGAGGAGUACAAUCAAUGCAAUAACCCAAAUGAAUCAACAAUGAUGCCAAGACCAUCUCUUUCGCCAUCAGCGUCAGCAUCUCCGAGGCUGCCUUUGUCCAUUGAAAAAUCAGCAUAUGGACGUCUGCUUGGCAUGGUUUCAGCGUUAGUGUCGCAACUUUAUGAAUUACUCUGAAUCUUGUUUACUUGUUCGUGGUCCGAUGUAUUGGGCUACAGUUUUGAAAUUUAAUAUCGAGGAAAUAUGGCUUAGGCUAUCAUGGACUAUCGGCCGCAACUCAAAUUGUGCUGCAAUCUGCUGCACAUUCUUUCCGAUUCCAAACCGUAGACAUAUUGAAUAUGAAGAAUUUUCCAAUUUGUCUGUACAAAAUGAUAGCAUACUAGUAAUUGUGUUGAAAUUGUCCAAGUAACGUCCCGGGGUUGUUUGGUGUGGCCAAGCUCGGCCAUUAUUGUUCUCUGUGAAAAUGAAUUGCUCUUACUAUUAGCACAUUGUCCCAGGUCGAGUUACAGUUCAAUUGUUGGAGCAUGUACCGUAUGAUGUACCCGCAUCCUGGUUGUACUCUCCUUUCUCCGUUACAAGCCACACUGAUAUCAUUUAGUGCUGUUGUUAACCACAAUACCUAUCUUACUUUGUUUCCCUAUAUGAAUAGCUCCUUGAUGUUGCAAUGUA